AUGGCGGACCUCGCUGGAAGAGAGGAAUCUGCCUCCAGUUCCCAAAACACCCCAGACAUGUCAUGCAGGAGAUUAGUGUCUCCUGGAAGAGUAGAGAAGCAAGAUCUGAUAAAGAAUCGAAUAUUUGUACUCCUAUCACUAGGUAAAGCAAUGGAAUAUUUACACAUGAUUGGAGCUUCUGGAUUUGUACCUACCUUUAUAGAGCAUCAGUUUGUAUUAUCAAAGAAGACUGCGACUUUGAUUGCUGGAAUUGUUUUAAUUCCAGCAAGUGCAAUUGGUUAUAUUCUAGGAGGUCUCAUUGCUUCCAAUUUAAAACUGUCUGGUCGAGGCCUUAUGAGACUUAUAAUGAUUUCUUCUGGUGUGUCAUUCAUACUGUUUGUGGUUAUAAUGAUUUUACACUGUGACCCGGUACCAUUUGCUGGGCUCAAUGAAGAUUACGAUGGAACAGGGAAGAUUUUCAAUCUAACAGCACCUUGCAAUGAUCAUUGUCAAUGCUUAACUUCAUUUUAUUCUCCUAUAUGUGGAAGAGAUGGUGUUAGCUACUUUUCUUCAUGCUUUGCAGGCUGCAUGAGAUCUAAAAUAACAAAUCAAAUAAAGACAUACUACAAUUGUUCUUGCAUUAAUGUAGGAUUAGUAUCUGUAGAUGAAGAUAAUGAAUUUAUUGAUGCUAGUGAUGGAAAGUGUGACUCAAACUGCGACAAAUUGCAUUUCUCCAUUGCUAUUUUCUUUUCUAUGGUUGUAUUUUCUGGGCUUUCUGGUAUACCAGGAGAACUGAUCAUUCUCAGGGGAAAGAUUCUGAAUGACACUAAUGCGUCUAAUCGGAUAGAAAGUGGCACCAAGAAAAUAACAGGGACUAAGCAGAUGGCAGGAAAAAUUUACCACAAGUCACAAACUUGUCAUGUGGGAAGAGUCUUUGUGCUCAGACUUUUAGAGCCACCGCUCUUCUCAACAGGUCUGUGCGCCCCACUGCGCACUCCCUUCUUACCCAGCCCCGUGCCCCUCAAUGCCACCGCCGGAUAG